AUGGAUGUUGCUACACGAAAGCGAGUCUUGUCUGCAAGCAUGGAUCCUCAUGCCCCGCCUUUAAAACUUCAGGCGCCGUUACCAGAACAACCUAUGAGCUUUGUUGAUGCCGUUUUUGUGAACCUCAUGAAUGCUCUCAAUGUCACAGAGCCCACCCAACGUCUUCCUCUCGUGGAGGAAACGCUUUCAAGACUUCAAUGGCUGAAACAAUAUCUUCAACAAUCCGAAUCCAAUUUCAAAAAACCGAUGCCUUCAGAAAAAUCAUCUCCGAUUGGCUCGCCCCGUCAGCCGGAAUUCAAGCCAAUGGAUUUUCAGCAGAUGAAAAAAUGCAUUCAGAAAGAUCAGGAUACGCUACAAAACAUGUCGAGACUCAUUGGAUUGCCUCUUCAUCCACCUCCACCAGUUAUGAUGGCUCCUCCUCAAAUGUCAAACCAUGUCAACGGAAACCAGAUGUCGCAAGCUCCCAAACCUCCGAUUUCUGCUUUGUCAGAAAAUCCAAAAGCUCCUGGGCCCCAACUUGAACCAAAGAAGUCUUCUGUGACCCUUUCUCCACAGAAACCUCCUUCCUCAAUUCCCACAUCCGUUCCACCUCCUCCAGUUCUGAUCACUGCAGAUACGAUUACUUCUGCUCUAUCUGUUCCUCAAACUAAUGUUAUUCCUCCAACUCCAACUCAGAAGCCUACAGUUAAAAAACCGAUUAAAAAGGACAUAUCACCACCACCACCACCGCCUCCUCCAAAUUUUCUUUUCAAUCCAACUCAACAAUACAUUCAAUCUGCUGAAGAAUAUAUGUUAGAUGUACAAGAAAGACAACGUAAACUCCUGUCUUAUAUCUCUGCUGCUCAUAGUGGGACUGUAACUGAUGAGGUGCUACAUGAGUAUCUACGUCAUCCAUACAUUUUAUUGAAAGAAAAUGGAGUCACUCGAAAACAGCAAAAUCCAUUUUACCAUUUGAUGAGUCAUAGCGCAGCACAUAUGAAUAUGAUGCCACCAAUGCCAGCUGUGAUUUUGAAGCCAACCGAAACAUCUAAACCAACUACUCCAAUCCCGGCACCGCCAGUUCUUGUUCCUCAAGUGGAGCUACCAGUGAAAAAAGAGCAGGGACCGAAAAAAGAAUCAUCGCCUCCAUCAGAGAAAAUAUCUCCUCCACCUCAACUUCCUCUACAAGUACCCCUUCAAGUACCAGUCUUCCAGUCUCAUUUUGAUCCAACUAAACCGUUCAUGAUGCCUGUAACAAGACGGUGCAAUCAAUGGUCCGUUGUUUCAAUGGCUCUCCCAUUGACUCUGAUGUGUAGAUGUUCUCAAACACCAUGCAGAUGCAAAUAG